AUGGGAAAUAGCGGGGAUGAUCCGUUAGAAAAUACCAAUCCUUUUUUACCUGCAUAUACGUAUUAUACACAAGAAACAGAUGAAACAGUAAAAGCUGCUAUCAGAAGAAACAGAACACUUUCUACAGCUCAAACGUAUCUAAAUAUAUUACCAUCAACUAAUAAUCAUUCAAUUCGACGACGAGCAUCUCAUGAACAAAACCAACAUAUUAUAGAUGAAAAUCAUACUGUUCCUAGAAGGUUUCUUGUAGAUGUUGAAAACACAAUGGAGGUUCUAUUAAGGAAUGAAGAUACUGAUGGAAACAUGCAAAUAACUAUAGAAGAUUCAGGACCAAAGGUUUUAACUCUUGGAACAGUGAAUUCAACGGGGAUUAAUCACUUUGAUAUCCGAGGAACAUAUAUGCUUUCAAAUUUACUCCAAGAACUUACUUUAGCAAAAGACUAUGGCCGAUCUUAUGUAUUGUUAGAUGAAAGAAGAUUAAAUGAAAAUCCUGUAUCCCGUCUUUCUAGACUCAUUCGUGAAGCUUUCUGGGAUGAUUUAACCCGUAGAAUUGACUCUAGUAUGUUAGAAAUUGUUUGUGCAGAUACAAAAAGUGGACAUAACGCCCCACGAAUAUAUGUUCCUCACACAGAGAAAGAAAUUUAUGAAUAUUAUGUUUCUGCAGCUAAAACGAAGCCACAUAUUGGGUUAAUAGUAGAGUAUUUACCCCCAAUUAUUACAGAAGAAUGGGUUAGAGAUAUUAACGAAAAGCCUGGUCUUUUAGCUUUAGCUAUGGAAAAAUAUAUUAAUAAUAAUGGUGUGGAAGAUUUAAGAGGAGUUCCAUUUGUAGUACCAGGAGGACGGUUUAACGAGAUGUACGGAUGGGAUUCAUAUUUUGAAGCAUUAGGACUUAUUGUUGAUGGUAAAGUUGAUAUUGCAAAAGGGAUGGUUGAAAAUUUGUCUUUUGAGAUUAAUCAUUAUGGUAUGAUUUUAAACGCAAAUAGAACUUAUUAUCUUUGUCGAUCACAACCACCGUUUCUUACAGAUAUGGCGUUAAAUGUAUAUGAUAAAAUAAAACAUAAACCAGAAUCGUUAGAUUUUCUUAAAAGUGCAUUUCAGUCUGCUAUUAAAGAAUAUUAUACUGUUUGGACUUCGGCUCCAAGAAUUGAUCCUAUAACAGGUCUUUCAAGAUAUAGACCCACUGGUUUAGGGAUCCCUCCGGAGACAGAAACAACUCACUUUAUGUAUAUCUUAGAACCUUAUAUAAAAAAAUAUAACAUGACAUUUGAGGAAUUUCAACAUGCAUAUAAUUAUCAAAAAAUUUAUGAGCCAGAAUUAGAUGAAUAUUUUUUACAUGAUAGGGCAGUACGUGAAAGCGGUCAUGAUACAUCGUCUAGACUAGAAAAAAAUUGUGCUAAUUUAGCUACUAUUGAUUUAAAUUCUCUUUUAUAUAAAUAUGAAACAGAUAUUGCCGAUGUUAUAAAAAAAUACUUUGAUGAUAAAUUUAUUAUGCCAGAUGGAAGUAUUGAAUCAAGUGCUAUCUGGGUAAGACGAGCUAUAAAAAGACGAGCAGCAAUCGAUAAAUAUUUAUGGAACGAAGAGAAAGGCCUUUAUUUUGAUUAUGAAACUGUAAAUAAGUUUCAAGGCACAUAUGAAAGUGCUACAACGUUUUGGGCUUUAUGGGCAGGUUGUGCUAGUCCUAGACAAGCUGCUACUUUAAUUGAAAAAAAUUUUAAAAAAUUCGAAUGUUUAGGAGGAUUAGUUGCAGGUACAAAGCAAUCAAAAGAACGUAUCAAUUCAAAGAAAGCAAACCGUCAAUGGGAUUAUCCAUAUGGAUGGGCACCUCAGCAAAUACUUGCAUGGAAAGGGUUAAUGAGAUACGGAUAUGAAAAUGAAGCAAAGAGGUUAAUUUAUCGUUGGCUUUAUACUGUCACUAAAUCAUUUGUUGAUUUUAAUGGUGUAGUUGUCGAAAAAUACAAUAUUACCAAUGAAAUUGAUCCUCAUAGAGUUAACGCAGAAUAUGGUAAUCAAGGAGUUGAUAUUAAGGGUGUAGCUAGGGAGGGAUUCGGUUGGGUAAAUGCUAGUUUCAGUAUUGGAUUAACCUAUUGUGAUACACACAUGGUGCGUGCUUUAGGAACGUGUACACAUCCAAACAUUUUUUUCAAAAACGGCAAAUAUCCUAAUAAAUUUAAAUAA